AUGCGGGGCCUCCUGCUGGCAGCUCUUGUUUCUUCCGCCGUACAAGUUGGCGCACAUCCGGCUGCAGAGUCCAAACACAGCCUUAGCCGACGGACGGUAGAUCUCGACGCAUUUCGCCUCGUAUCAACGACGGAGUAUGUGAAUGCGACCCAGGUCGAGGAGAAGCCAGGGCUCAGAUUCAGCAAAAGGGCGAGCUAUGUGGACACUGCAACAGAAUUUGUGAAGCGGACCGUACCUGGCGCAACCUUCCGCGUGAUCAACGACCACUAUGUUGGGGACAACGGCAUUGCCCACGUCUAUCUCAGGCAAACAGCUCAUGACUUGGACAUUGAUAACACUGACUUCAAUGUAAACAUCGGCAAAGAUGGACAAGUUUUUUCGUAUGGAAAUUCAUUCUAUACCGGACCAAUCCCGGAGCUGAAGCCACUGGCGAAGCGCGAUCGCAAAGAUCCUGUGAAAGCACUGAGGGGUGCUGCACGUAGGCUACAGUUGCCUGUCAACGCCGAGGCGGCGUCAGCCACGCCUUCCGGGGAGAGAGAAACAUAUACGAUCCAGGGAACUACAGGAGCAGUAACAGAACCGGAGGCCCGUCUCGUUUACUUCCAGACUCCCGACGGUAAACUGGUGCUUACCUGGAGAGUGGAAACCGACAUCUACACUAACUGGCUGUUGUCCUACGUCGACGCGGAUGCUCCCGAAAAUGUUCUAGGAGUUGUGGAUUACACUGCAGAUGCGCAGUAUCAAGUCUAUGAAUGGGGUGUCAAUGACCCAACUGAGGGAGCCAGGAAGGUUAUCAAGGACCCUGAGGACAUGAGAGCUUCCGAAUUUAGCUGGCAAGGCUCGGGCCCCAACCGAUACACGACCACUCGCGGUAACAACGGUAUCGCGCAGGUGAAUCCUAGUGGCGGCAGUUCUUACAUGAACAACGCACGCCCUGACAGCGAGGGGUUGCACUUUUCUUACCAAUACAAAGACAAGGGUACCAAUUAUACUGAAUACGCCGACGCUUCAAUUACGCAGCUGUUCUACUCAGCCAAUCAUUUCCAUGAUCUGAUGUACCAGCUUGGCUUCACCGAAAAGGCCGGAAACUUCGAGAGCGACAACAACGGACAAGGAGGCAUCGGAGGCGAUGCAGUUAUUCUAAACGCGCAAGACGGCUCUGGGCGGAACAACGCCAACUUCGCUACGCCACCUGAUGGCCAACCGGGACGCAUGCGAAUGUACAUAUGGGACCUGUCUGACCCGGUACGCGACUGCAGCUUCGAAGCCGGUGUGGUUAUUCAUGAGUACGCACACGGCGUGAGCAAUCGCUUGACAGGCGGACCUGCGAACAGCAGAUGUCUGAGUGCCUUGGAGUCUGGCGGCAUGGGUGAGGGAUGGGGCGACUUCCUAGCCACUGCAAUUCGCCUCAAGAAACACGACACGCGAACUACGGAUUAUGCAAUGGGCGCAUGGGUCAGCAACAAUCCAGCAGGCAUCAGGAAAUAUGUCUAUUCCACCGACAUGACCACAAACCCCCAUGUCUACUCCGACGUCGAUGGCAUAAAUCGUGUCUGGGCGACGAUGCUGUACGAAGUACUCUGGAAUUUGAUCGACAAGCAUGGCAAGAACGAUGACGCUCGCCCGGUCUUCCGUAAUGGUGUGCCGACGGAUGGAAAAUACCUCGCGAUGAAGCUAGUUUUGGAUGGAAUGGCACUUCAACCCUGUCUUCCGAACUUCGUUCAGGCUCGUGACGCCAUCAUUGAUGCCGAUAAGACACUUACCGGAGGUGCUAACGCUUGCGAAUUGUGGAGGGCCUUUGCUAAGCGCGGAUUGGGCGCCAAUGCGCAGUACAACCCUACCAAGAGGACUCAGAGCUUCGAAGUUCCUAGCGGAGUGUGUUAG